CUUUGCAACCUUAACAGUAGGGGUAGGGUGGCCACAGGCCAUGACAAUAUACUUUAAAACUGCAUCGUGUAUAUCGUUAAAGGUCAGCUCUAAUUAUUCUGUGGCUGAGUUGGGCCGGUGAUGAUGACCUCAAUUUAAUUUCUUGUUUCUAGGCCAUAUUUAUAGGUAAUCAACUAAAUCAUUCUUGAAGAUUAAUGUCGAAACACAUUUAUGUAAGUAUUAGCUAAGGGUAAUUUACUCUAUCUCUGCAUUACGAUUGCAGCCACCAGAUGUCUGCAAAGUUCAAUCUUUGAUCACAUCUGUAUCAUGUGGUCGAAAAUAGCAAGUUAUUAUUGGCCUCGAUUUAAUCCAUCAAUCCAUUAAAGUCCAUCAGUUAAGUAAAUAACAAACCUCAUAUCUCCCUGCCAUCGCUGCCUCCCUCUGAUGGCCUUGUUUGGGAAGACCUGCGCUCAUCCAGUGAACGAAGUCUGAUCCAUAAUUCAGACUGGUGACCUCCAAGUCAGACCACCUCCCUCUUACGUGUGAGGUGAUGCAUCGCCUUUCGGUAUCCGUCGUAUCGACUCGGAGGAUGCAACGUUUACGUGACGCGGUCCAGGUUGGCAGAAGAACCGUGAGAUGUUUCCAUGCGGAUGAAACGUGAAUGGCAGAAGGCGGGGCAGACUACAUCGAGAGCCCUCCCUCCCAGCAGAUAGACGUAAACACUGACCUGCCUGGUCAUGCUUCACACUCAACACGCCCGCCUCGUCUCUAUCUAGCUCUGGAAGGAUGCACCAGGAGUAAGACAUGUGGUAGGUGAUGAAAAGAAGAGGGUUCAAGGUAGAAAUGCACGUUGCACGGAUAUUCUUCUCCGGGAUUGUGCGAUGACUCCGUCUGGAUGUAGCGGUAAGUAAGUGACUGCGGCGGGCAGAAGUGUGGACCGUAAACUGGACUGUAACACAUCCCCCGGUGUGGACUGCAAAACAUCACGGUGUUGACCGUAAGGUGUGGACCGUAUCACAUCCCGGGAUCAGAGACCGGGCCCCGGUGUCGACCGUAAGCAAACCUAGGGUCUGCUGGAUUAUCCAUCAGGUCGGGCUGAAGGCUUUCUCUACCUGACGAGACGAUCCGAGGUGGGUCCAGUUUUCUUUUGCACUAAAAAAGUGAUGUUGAUCGAAGCUCACCUAUGAGUGUGUGUGUGGGAGGGUAUCACCCCAGAAUGGUUGGUAGUGGUAUGAACAGCCAACACAUCUUGUCAAGUUCGGAUCGAGACCUACGACAUGAUCAGACAGUUCUGUAGGCUCUACCUCCUCCAGACCCUCACUCAUCCUGAGGCCUUCAAGAAGAUGUGAACACCUGCCUUGUUUCACUACUGUCUCACUGGGCUCAUAAGAUUGGCUUGUAGGCUUUACUCAAAUGUGGUGGUUCAUGGCCGCCCUCAGCACUGUCACCGACCACCACCACAGGACAGCUGGGAGGAACAGUACUGUUGUCACUACCACCACCACCACAGGACGGCUCGUAGGACCAAUACUGUCGUCACCACCACCACCACCACCACAGGACGGCUGUUACGACCAGUACUGUUGUCACCACCCCCACCACCACAGGAUCACUGGCAGGACCAGUACUGUUGUCACCACCACCGUAUGAUCUCUGGUAGGACCAGUACUGUACGCUGACACCACCCCAGUGAAACCAUGGGAGCCAAGCACCCAAAAGGCCCCAAGGAAGGGGGGGGCAGCCCUCAGCACAGCUGGAGGCGGACCCCAACCAAGGAGCGUGGCGGGGGAGGGGACAUCCUGGCCCUGCUGCGGUCGGGGGAGAGGCUGAACCGGGGGCCGCCCCCCCCGCCCUACCAGAGACGCAUCGGCAUGAUCCAGGAGAUGAUGGGCAUGGCCAAGCAGGGCCGACAUGACCAGGCCACCGAGGUGCUGAAGAGCCUCAGACAGGACCUGGGCAUGGAGUCCACCUCUUUGGAUGACGUUCUUUACCGCUAUGCCAGCUUCAGGAACCUGGUGGACCCCAUAACACACGACCUGAUCAUCAGCCUGGCGCGAUACGUGCACUGCCCACGCACGGUAGGACACACGCACGCACCCAUACAUAACCCAAAACACAAAUUUCUAACCAUACACAUAUUUGUGUGA